AUGCUUUUGUUUCCCUGACUGUCAGUGGUGACGUUAAAACCAGAGUGCACUCAGGAGGCACUCCCUGAAGAUGGGACCCCGGCGAAAAUACGCCAAAGCGUGUCCCAAUGUGAGCAAAGGAGCAGGAGCUGCUGAACCAGAUGAGCCGAGCGACUACAUGAACCAGCUUUCCCACGAAGUGUUGUGUCAUAUAUUCAGAUACUUGCCCCUACAAGACAUCAUGUGUAUGGAGUGCUUGUCCCGGAAGCUGAAGGAGGCGGUUACUGUGUACAUGCGAGUGGUUAAGGUUGUGGACAUGUGUGCUGGCUGCUGGUGGGAAUACAUGCCAUCAGGUUUCACAGAUGGAAGCUUUCUCACAUUAUUAAAGAAAAUGCCGGAUUUGGAGCAGUUAUAUGGUUUACAUCCUCGGCAUUUGGAGCGACGGCGAGUGAGAGGACACGACGCUUUCAGUAUUCCUGGAGUGCUGGAAGCUUUGCAGGCCUGUCCAAAUCUACUGGGUGUCGAGACUUCUCAUUUGGAGCUGGUGGAAGCCAUCUGGAACUACAUGCCUCAGGUCCACAUCCUGGGCAAGUUUCGAAAUCGCAACGGCGCUUUCCCCAUCCCUCCGGAAAACAAGUUAACUAUUCCAGUCGGAGUCAAAGUACAGACUCUUCACUUAGUUGGAGUUAAUGUUCCAGAAAUUCCCUGUGUUCCGAUGUUAAGGCAUCUGUAUUUACAGUGGGUCCGACUAACCAAACCUCAGCCUUUUAAAGAUUUUCUCUGCGUCAAUUUACGCACCUUUGUAAUGCGGAACUGUGCAGGCCCCACCAAUUCCCUAAAGUAUGUUCCACUGGUGACCGGGUUAGCUUCAGCCAGAAGCCUAGAGCACUUGGAACUUGUGCGAGUACCAUUCCUUGGCGGACUAAUUCAGCAUGUUGUGGAGGACAGCUCGAGAUCAGGUGGUUUCAGGAAUCUACAUACAAUAGUGUUUGGGGCAUGUAAAAAUGCACUUGAAGUGGAUCUUGGCUACCUCAUUAUUACUGCUGCACGUAGGUUACACGAAGUUCGUAUUCAGCCCUCUCUAACCAAAGAUGGUGUGUUUUCCGCACUAAAAAUGGCAGAGCUGGAGUUUCCGCAGUUUGAGACUCUCCAGCUGGGAUAUGUGGAUGAAUUCCUGUUACAAUGUAAAAUGACCAACGCUGACUUAGUGAAGCAUGGUUUAGCAGACGUGGUGGAAAACCCUGGUAUCAUUACAGAUAUUGGGAUGAAGGCAGUAAAUGAAGUGUUUCCCUGUAUUAAAUACUUAGUUAUUUAUAACUGUCCACAUCUACAUAAUGCACACAAUUGGAUCACGGACCAUUCUCGCUGGAGUCGCUUGGUGGAUCUUAUACUUGUUCGUUGCCACGCUAUCAAACUGGAGUCAUUCAGUCAGUUUGUGGAAAUGCUGCCAAGCCUGGAGUUCAUCUCUCUCGAUCAGAUGUUCAGAGAACCUCCAAAGGGCUGUGCUCGGGUAGGUCUGAGUGCUGGUACAGGCAUCGGUGUUUCGUCUGCUCUGGUCAGCAAUCAGAACUCCAACAACGACAACGAUAACAACAACAAUCACCAAAAUAACCACGCCAAUCUCAACAACAACAACGACCAAGUCGAGGACAAUGAUGUUCAGGCGGAGAGAGCAGCAGCUGACCUGCCAAACCCAGGGAACGAACCAGGACUUCAGGAGGCUGUGCAGGAAAGCAGGCCAGAAGGUGCUGCAUUUCCUGAUCAGAACGGUGGCCAUUCUGUGACCCCAAUGGACUUGGAUGAAGAACAAGCAGGACCAAGCGGGCUGCAGCCAGCUGUGAAAGCCAGCCCCAAGAUGGUGCCAGACUCUGACAGUGAGGAUGAGGAGGAAUAUAAUCUAGGAGCGUCUGGAAGUCGGAGUGUGAAUGCUGCUGGGGAUAAUUAUUCCGACACUGAGGAGAAGAAGAAAGGUGCAGCAAUACUGUGUGAAGGCUCUGGAGUUUGUGGGAAAGGCAAAGCUCCUUUGCGGAAAAAGAGCCCUGUUAUCCCGUCCUGCCCGUCGAGACCGUCAGCGGUGGAGGAGAGCAGCUGUGAGAAAGGCUGUCAAGUGACUAGCGAGCAGAUCAAGGCUGAUAUGAAAUUAGCCAGCGAUGCCCCCGAGAGAAGCCGAAACAAAGACUUGUCUUCAGGAACGGCAAGCGCUUCAGGAGCAGCUAACUCGGGCAUCGGUGGAUAUUCUGCGAGUGCGGAGCCUAGCAGGACAGCCACGUUGAAUGGAGGACACAGCAGACAUUGCUGUCCAUCGCGGCCUGGUGCCUGCGUUCAUGUGUGUUCCUGUACUCCUGUACGUAGGACUGAGGAAUCCUGCAGCAGCCCCGCGGAUAAUCCCCGGAAUGGCUCCAUUCACAGUAACUGCACGUGCAGCACAUCUCAGGUACAUCAUAGAACACGGGAAUGCUGCUGUGAGGCGGACAGGCCUACCCCGAGCAGGACGUCUUCUGGGAGCAGUGCUUUAAAAGGACACUGUCACUCCACGUCGGGAGGGUCGGAGUUUUCACAAAGGAAAUCGCCCUCCUGCGCACAAGAGCAGCUCCGUGUAAAUAACGGGAGGACUAGCAGCGACGCUGUGGGAGAGGCGGAGGGCAGCAAUCGCCGGGCGGUGUGCUGUAAAGGGACGGCGUGCGAGGGAUACCCACGCAGACCUGUGACAAGGGCCAGGAGCAAAUCUAGCCCAGUGCCACUGGUGGCACAGCCAGAUAUUCCUAAACGCAAACCACGACUUGCUGUCAAACGGAAACGAACGGCUGACAAGUCCACAAGCACGAGUGAUCCUGUGAUAGAGGCUGAUCAUAUCCAGGUUCUUAACCUGAAAUCGAAAAACCUGGUUGGAAUUACACUGACAAAUUGUGGGAUUACCGAUUUGGUGCUUCGAGACUGUCCUAAAAUGAUGUUUAUCCAUGCUACUCGCUGUCGAGUGUUGAAGCACCUCAAGGUAGAGAAUGCUCCCAUUGUAAACCGCUUUGACUAUGUCCAGUGUCGAAAGCUCAACAUUGAACAACUUCUCGACCAAAUUUUGCGAAUGCCCCCGGAAAGGAACAGGAUCAUUUACCUGCGGCCGAUGCAACAGAUCGACACUUUAGCUUUGGAAAGAAAGAUCUUCAGUGGCCCGUAUCCCUACCACAUCUGUAUUAUCCACGAGUUUAGCAACCCACCAAAUGUGCGGAAUAAGGUCCGUGUCCGCAGCUGGAUGGACACCAUAGCCAACAUUAAUCAGGAAUUGAUUAAGUAUGAGUUCUUCCCAGAAGCCACUCGGACAGAGGAGGAUGUAAAGAAGUAUCCCAAGUACCCAUGGGGAAGAGACAUUUACACGUUGGAAGGAACGGUAGACGGAGCUCCCUAUUUCUUGAUCACUGACUUCCCGUGGCUUCGCUCACUGCGCACAGCAGAACCCAAUAGCUAUGCAAGGCACGAUUUCGAAGAUGAUGAGAAAACUACAAUUUAUGCUCCCCGGAGGAAAGGACAGCUGUCAGCCGACAUCUGCAUGGAAACCAUUGGUGAAGAGAUCUCCGAGCAGCGGCAGAUGCGAAAUGGUGUAUUCCAACGUGUUGUAGCGAUCUUCAUCCAUUACUGUGAUGUCAGCGGUGACCCUGUUCACGACGACUACAUCUGACUAUGCCUUCUCUUGCUCAGGACUGUUCGAAGGCCAGAGCAAGGACAGACAGCAAGAUUACAAUUAUCAGCACUGUGUAGCUGCCCUACGCCCCCAAAUACCUUUUGGAACAAAUUAUAUAAUUGUGUAUAAAAUAUUUGUGUACAAAUAAUUUCUGUAUAGAGAUGCUCUAAAAGAAAAAAUUUUAGCUUCCCAACCUGAAGCGUUAUUUCAUAUGUUUAUAUACAAUCAAAUCCAUUCAAAAUGUUAUCAAAAGGGAAUACAAAUAGGAUUUNAAAAAAAUAGAGGCUGUUCGUAUCCUCGACUUAUACAGUGAUCAAGAUAAGCAUUUUGAGAUAUUUUGUUACAGUGCUGUGAGGCACAAAAUAUUUAAAACAAAAAAUCAAGGCCAUGUUUUGUGGCGAAUUUCACAGCUCAGUAAAGAGUUUUCCUUUGGUACAAUGUGCCUUUUUUUUUCCCCCCCUAUAAAAUGACACUUCCCAAUAAUGUGGCGGAAGAGUUGAGGAAAGGCAGGAACUUUUGUCGUGUGUGUUUUUUUAUAUAUAAAUAUAAAAAUCUAAUUAGAUCGUUACGUGGCUGCUUUGUUUCAGGCAGGUGAACCAGAAUGAGAGGAAGCUUCCAACAAACCAGUAGGAAAUCACAUUCUAUUACGCAUGGAACUUGCAUUUUGCUCCCAAGGAACAAAGCAGCAGGGAAAUUGUACUGUGAUAUAUAACUAAAAAAAAACUUAAGCAUUUUCUGAAAAAAACACAUUUCUUUACAUUUAUUCUUUGUCCCAAUAAAAUGUUCAAACUCUGAUUCAGUUUUACUCUUAAUAGCUGUAGAAUAUGUGGCCCAUGAAAUUGAGGAUUAUUUAUAUCUAUUUAGAUGAUUAAAGUCUUUGUUUUUAAAAACAA